AUGUCUACGAUAUUACCUCCUCCUUCAAAGAAACAGAAGAAAGCUCUCCAGAGCUAUAAUACUCCUGAAACCGCCCCAGGCAGUCAGACUCAUGAAGUGACGAAUAUUACCGUGAGUUUCAAGUCUUCAGAAACUGGUGAAUCUCUUGGAGGAACCCUUCGUGUGCCUAGCAAUAUCAACCAAAAACAGCUCGAGAAGCUCAUUAACCAGCUCAAUAAUUCGGCUGAUGAUCCUGUUCCUUAUGAGUUUGCAGUGGUCAUUGAUGAAAAAGACCAGCUGGUGGUUGACAUCCGUGACAAUCUUUAUGAUUCAGUCAUCAAGCCAGGCACCAAGACCACCGAAGACCAUUUGAAGAUCAUUUACACCCCACAGUCGGUGUUUAAGGUCAAACCAAUCACUCGUUCUUCCUUUGCUAUUGCUGGUCAUGGUGCAACUAUCCUCACUGCGAAAUUUUCCCCAAUUAGCUCCUCUAGAAUGGUCACCGGUUCAGGGGAUUCCACCGCAAAAAUAUGGGAUUGCGACACUCAAACACCGUUCAAGACCCUUAGCGGCCAUUCUAACUGGGUUUUAACUGCCGAGUACUCUCCAGAUGGCCAGUACAUUGCCACUGGGUCCAUGGACAACAAUAUCAAUAUUUGGAAUGCCAAUACUGGUGAACUAUUAGGAACACUAAGUGGCCAUUCUAAGUGGAUUACAAGUAUUAGUUGGAAGCCACUCCACUUACUUAAGGCUGGUGAGCCUUUAAUGCUUGUGUCUGCUUCCAAGGACAGUACUUUGAAGGUUUGGAAUGUCGAAGCUAGAACCUGUACUUAUUCGUUGAGUGGUCAUAAAUCCAGUGUUUCUUGCGUCAAAUGGGGUGGAUACGAUACAAUCUAUUCUACAUCCCAUGACAAAACCAUCAUGAUGUGGAACCCAAAUAAUGGUACUCUUAUCAAAACUUUGAAAUCACACGCCCACUGGAUCAACCACCUUUCGCUCUCGACAGAUUACCUUCUUCGUAAAGGUCCAUACACUUAUAAUGAGCCAGAAAAUCGUAAAGUUGCCAAACUUCCAAUCAAUGAGAAGAUCACCAUUGCUAAAAAAAUUUUCCAAUCAGCCAACCCAGGUGAUAAAAAUGAGCGCAUGGUGACCGCCUCUGACGAUUUCACUAUGUACCUUUGGAGUCCGUUCAGUCAAAAUAAACCACUUGGAAGAAUGCAUGGUCAUCAGAAACUCGUUAACCACGUUGCCUUCUCACCAAAUGGUAAGUAUAUUGUCAGUGCAUCAUUUGAUAAUUCUGUGAAACUUUGGGAUGGUAAAGACGGGAAAUUCCUUGCUACUUUCCGCGGGCAUGUUGGUCCAGUUUACCAGGUUUGUUGGAGUAGUGACAACAGAUUGCUUGUUAGUGGCUCGAAGGAUACUACUUUGAAAGUUUGGGAUGUCAGAACUAGAAAGUUAGCCGUUGAUUUGCCAGGUCAUAAAGAUGAGGUUUAUGCUGUUGAUUGGAGUACCGAUGGUAGAAGAGUUGUUAGUGGGGGAAAGGAUAAAAUGGUUCGUAUUUGGACCCAUUAA